CUCCUGUCAGGCUUCCAGAGCGCGCAAGGCUGGAGGUCGGAACAUCGCGCGCUGUUUAUGUGUGCGUGCCAGUACGGGAUAACGGCACGGUACGAGACGGACAGACAAAAGAUCGCCGGAGACGCUGAGUUGCAGCGGCCGAUGUAGAGGAUGAAGGCCGGAGAGAAGAAGUUUAAAGUUUGACGGAAGCGAGAGUCCAGCUAAAGCUCGUAUUCUGCCCAGACUGUCCGGAUGCCAAUGGAAAACUUUACCUGGGUGAACACGCCACUUGAGACAGAAUGCUGACGGGACACAUGAACCGGCCUGUGGCGUGAACUUGUUAUUUGACAUGAGUAUCAUCCAAGCUCUUUAAAACGACUUGGUGUUGAUUUGUUUCUUUAAAUUUUCAACUCUAACGGAUUGUUAUUAUAUGGGAAAGGGAGAGUAAAGUGAUGAACCGGGACAGAGCGGAUGGGGUCCAGACCGUGAUAAGCCGGGAGAGAGCUGCGGCGGGGCCAGUGACGGACGCCGUGCCACCCGUCAUGAGUCGGGACAGAGCGCUACCGGCGCCCAGCGGCGGGGACGGCGUCCAAACUGUGGUGAGCCCGGACAGCGGUGACUUGUUAGACGGAGCCGCCGCAGGGGAGAAGCGGCUCUUCUCCAGCGCGACCGCCGGCGGCAGAGAUGCUCAGGCCACGGAGAACCACUCGGAAGCUCCACCGACGAAUCCGGUGUUGGCCCCGCCACAGCAGGGCCCCAUCGGGCACCGGACAACUUCUUUCUCCGUGCUGGACAUCCUGGACCCCAACAAGUUCACGAGCAACCGGCGACACCAGCUGCAACAGCAGCACGUGAGCCACCGCGGCGAGCUCGAGCAGAGCGUGUACGGAGCGGAGAACCGGAGAGGAGGAGUCGGGGAGCGCGAGCCCAGCCUCGAGGCCAGCAAGGGCUACGGUGCAGACGAAUAUCAGAGCAAGGAGGGCUUUAUAUACAGAAGUCCGGAUGAGGAAGACUUCCACAGAUCUGGGACCCCGGACUCAGAGGCUGCAGACGGGCCCUACAGCAGUGAGGAGAGCAGCUCGGCUCUUCCCAGUAAUGGAGACAGAGAACUAGGCCAGCACAGCCACCAGGAUCCCAGCAGAGACACAAAGACCCCUAACGGAGGCCCCACAAGCCAGAUCACCAGUCCCCAAACCAAUGGGGGCCAAGGGGCCAAGCCCAAGAGGAAACGCUCUGGCUCAGACUCCAAGUCGGGGAAGCCCCGCAGAGCCCGGACUGCCUUCACCUACGAGCAACUGGUGGCGCUGGAGAACAAGUUCAAGUCCACACGCUACCUGUCAGUGUGUGAGCGCCUCAACCUGGCCCUGUCCCUCUCCCUCACUGAGACCCAAGUUAAGAUCUGGUUCCAGAACCGGCGAACCAAAUGGAAGAAGCAGAACCCUGGAGCCGACACCUCGGCCCCCACGGGAGGAGCGGGAGGAGCGGGAGGCACAGGGGGAGGAGCGGGAGGAGGCUUGGGAAGCCUCAGCCCUCUGAGCCAAUCCCCUCCAGUCAGUGGGCAUCUGGCCAUGCACACAGGCUACGCCGGCCACCAUCACCCCCCUGCUGGGAGCCUUGUCCAGCUGCCUUUCCUCACCGCCAGCCACGUCCUGUCUCCCUUCAUGCUGGGGACACAGAGUUAUGCUGCACCUGCGUUCUACAGCACACACCUGUAGAUACACUCUCACACCUCUAGAUACACAAACACAGAAAUCCUGACUGAAAUGUCCCAGUAUGAACUGCAGCACAGCGUUCAGCUCCGCCCCCUUUUUUACUACCGUUUAAAGGCUUUAAUUUUAUUUUGAUAGAAUGUUAAUAUCUUGCAGAACUGUACAUAAAUCUAUGUUCUAGCUCUGAAUGCUGUUUUAAACACUGUAAUAGACAAAUAGUUGAUCUCAUUGUUUUCUUUUCUAAAGUCUGUAAAAAUAUUGAAUGUUUAUUUAAGACUUGAGAAUGGCUUGAUCUAUCGUCAGUACCAUGUAACUCCAGCUGUGAUCGUUUUCAUUUCUUUUAUUUAUUGAGGUGGUUAACAGUUUCCAUAAAAUCCUUGGAUGUACUGAGUCCUCAGCUCAACAUGGUAUUGUCCUUUGAUAUUAAAAUGAUGACAA